GCCUGGCGCCGGGCGGGGGCAGCGCGCGGUGCCACGUCCCCGUCGCGGCGCGUUUGCGGCCAUGGGCGCCUCGCAGAGCAUCGACAUCCCCGGCGGCGGCACCGAGGGCUACCAUGUCCUGCGGGUACAAGAAAACUCACCGGGGCAUAGAGCUGGAUUGGAGCCAUUCUUUGAUUUUAUUGUGUCCAUUAAUGGUUCAAGAUUGAAUAAAGACAAUGACACUCUCAAGGACCUGCUGAAAGCAAAUGUUGAAAAACCUGUAAAAAUGCUUGUGUACAGUAGCAAAACACUGGAAUUGAGAGAAACAUCAGUAACCCCCAGCAACAUGUGGGGUGGGCAAGGCCUCCUGGGAGUGAGCAUCCGCUUCUGCAGCUUUGAUGGGGCCAAUGAAAAUGUCUGGCACGUCUUGGAAGUGGAGCCAAAUUCUCCUGCUGCAUUAGCUGGACUUAGACCUCACAGUGACUAUAUAAUUGGAGCAGAUACUGUCAUGAAUGAGUCUGAAGAUCUUUUUUCCCUUAUUGAAACGCAUGAAGCAAAGCCAUUAAAACUUUAUGUGUACAACACAGACACAGAUAAUUGUCGGGAAGUGGUGAUUACUCCAAAUUCUGCCUGGGGUGGAGAAGGCAGCCUAGGAUGUGGCAUUGGUUAUGGAUAUUUGCAUAGGAUACCUACUCGUCCGUUUGAAGAGGGAAAGAAAAUUUCUCUCCCAGGACAGUUGCCUAGUGCAUCUCUCAGUCCCCUAAAAGAUGGUUUCACAGAGGUUCAGCUGUCUUCAGUUAAUCCCUCAGCCACCCUCCCUCCUGGGUCAGCAGGCCUUGAGCAGAGUCUUUCAGGACUUUCUAUUAGCUCACCUUCAACUACUGUCACUAAUGUUCUCAACACAGGUGUUCCAACAGUUCCAUUGUUACCACCACAAGUCAGUCAGUCCCUUACCUCUGUGCCACCAGUUAACCCAGCAACUACAUUACCAGGUCUGAUGCCAUUACCAGCAGGGCUUCCUAACCUGACUGAUCUGUCCAAACUUAAUUUACCUGCACCACAGAUUGUUCCAGAAAUCAUACAACCUGGUUUGCAACCCCUUCCCCCCUUGCCGCCUCUGCAUCUGAUGGGAAUAACGCCUCUGUCAAUGCCGCCCAAGUGUGUUCCUAUGCUUCCUUUGGUCACAGAGGCAUCUACAGUGCCUACAGAUUUGCUUCCCUCUAUUACCCAGGCUGGAAGCUUUUCCAUCAACCCUGGCACUACUGAAAAUGUAGAGGAGACCUCUGUACUCACCUUGGAUAGUGCAACUCCAACUUCCAGGGCAACUGUUGUUGACAGAUCAAAUGAAUCCUCCACAGCUAAUGAGAAAACAACUGGAAUCACAGAUACACAAGCUUCUGAAUCAUAACUCCAGAUCACUCUGUUGGAUUGGCUUGGUAUUUAUUUAGCCAUGGGAUACAUAUUUGAAAAGCAAGCUAUCAUUAAUUUCAUACUAGUUUGUACUUAAUCUUUAGAAGUCCUGUAAAUAAUAUGGAGGUAUAAUAAAAAUAAAAGGGGAUUUAUAAAGUGUUGGGGGGAGGAAGAACUUGUAUGUUACCAAAAAAAAGUCCAGGUGGUAAAUAGAGUUCCACUGCCAAACUCUGAGGUAUGUUUUUAAUAUAGGCUGACAGCCUUACCCUGCUAGGCUUGUCCUUGCUCAUAAUUAGCAAUUUUUGCUUCUGAUAGAAAUGAAGCGGGUCUUGCGUGUGACAUUUACGUACCAUAGUUCUUGUUCUUUGCAAGUAUCUUGUUUCUACAGUGGGGAUGAGAAUGUUUAGUCUGAGUUGUGAAUUUUAACGCUGCAAAACUUCCACCUAAAGAUAUUUCUGUUAAAAUUGCUGAGUGACCUGUUAACUGACAUGUUGUUAUUCAGCUUGUAUACAAAUCUUUGUCUUUAAGCUCUGGAGAGAUGCUCAAGCCAUGUUUUGUGACCACUGCUGCGUUGUUUCAUACGCCCACUGUAAAAUGGCAUUGGGAAGGAAAUACAUGGAAUGUUAAAUGUAGCACACAAUUUGGCACUUCAUGACUACUGUAAGAAGAAUUAAUGGAUUAAGCAUACAUAUAGCAAUAAAUUCCUGGAAUUUUA